CCGGGGGUGAGCGUGACGUAGCGGGGCGGGCUGGAAAGAUGGCGGAAGUGCGUCUCUGAGGUGCAGCAAAAGAGAGCUCGCAGAAGUGACGAGUGUGUGAUUGCGUGCGAGUGAAACGCUGUGAUAGUGAUAGAAACAGAGCGGGUGGAGGAGUGCAGCCUUUCCUGGGGUGAGUCUCUUCCAGCCCUCUGCCAUGAUGGUCCCCCGCCGGAAAUCCACCAAGCCCCAGUGCGCAGGAGGAGGGCCGGCCGACGUGCAGAAGCAGGAGGAGCCCAAGGACUACAUCAACAAGCUCUCCCACGAAGUGCUCUGUCACAUAUUUAAGUACCUGCCCCUGCUGGAUAUCAUGUGCAUGGAGUGCUUGUCUCGGAAGCUGCGGGAGGCGGUGAUGCUGUACCUGCGGGUGGUGAAGGUGGUGGACCUGUGUGCCGGGCGCUGGUGGGAAUACAUGCCCUCAGGCUUCACAGACUCCAGCUUCCUGAUGCUGCUGAAGAAGAUGCCAGACCUGGAGCAGCUGUACGGCCUGCACCCCCGAUACCUGGAGCGGCGACGGGUUCGAGGACACGAGGCGUUCAGCAUCCCCGGAGUCCUGGAGGCUCUGCAGACCUGCCCCACACUGCUGGGAGUAGAGACCUCCCACUUGGAGCUGGUGGAGGCCAUCUGGAACUACAUGCCUCAGGUUCACGUUCUGGGAAAAUUCAGGAACCGGAACGGGGCGUUCCCGAUCCCGCCAGAAAACAAGCUCACCAUUCCCAUCGGUGCCAAGGUCCAGACUCUCCACCUCAUAGGAGUGAAUGUGCCGGAGAUCCCCUGCAUUCCCUUGCUGAGACACCUCUAUCUGAAGUGGGUCCGGCUCACCAAGCCCCAGCCCUUCAAGGACUUCCUCUGCAUCAGCCUGCGCACUUUCAUCAUGAGGAACUGUGCAGGCCCCACUAACUCCCUGAAGUAUGUGCCCCUGGUGACGGGCCUGGCCUCGGCGAGGAACCUGGAGCAGCUGGAGCUGGUGAGGGUGCCCUUCCUGGGGGGGCUGAUUCAGCACGUGGUGGAAGACAGCUGGAGAUCAGGAGGGUUCCGGAACCUGCACACCAUUGUGUUUGGAGCCUGUAAGAAUGCACUGGAAGUGGACCUGGGCUACCUCAUCAUUACUGCUGCCCGAAGUGCUGUGUUUUCCAGGCUGCACGAAGUCCGAAUCCAGCCUUCCCUCACCAAAGACGGGGUGUUCUCUGCACUGAAGAUGGCCGAGCUGGAGUUCCCCCAGUUUGAGACUCUGCACCUGGGAUACGUUGAUGAGUUUCUGUUACAGUGUAAAAUGAGCCAUUCUGACCUGGUGAAGUACGGCUUGGCGGAUGUGACAGAGAACCCUGGCAUCAUCACUGACAUCGGAAUGAAAGCGGUCAACGAGGUCUUCACCUCCAUCAAGUACCUCGGCAUCUACAACUGCCCCCACCUCCACACCCCGCACACCUGGAUCACAGAUCGCUCCCGCUGGAGCCGGCUGGUGGACCUCACCCUACUGCGCUGCCAUGCCAUUAAACUGGAAUCCUUCAGCCAGUUCAUCGAGACGCUGCCCAGCCUGGAGUUCAUCUCCCUGGACCAGAUGUUCAGGGAGCCGCCCAAGGGCUGUGCCCGCGUGGGUCUGAGUGCCGGCACAGGGAUCGGAGUCUCCUCAGCUCUCGUCAGCAACCAGAACUCCAACAACGACAACGACAACAACAAUAACAACCAUCAGAACAACAAUGGCAACAUCGCGCCACCCGGGAACGACGAGGCGAGAGAGGAGGGGGGCGCCCCCGAGCAGCAGCUCCACGCCGAGGAGCUCAAUGGCAUGGAGGAAGCCGUGCAGGAGAACAUGGAAGCCGAGGCAGGGGUUGCAGCAGGCAGUCCACAGGACUCCCCGGGACCCACACCGGCUGUCAAACCCGUGGAGGUGGACGAGGAACAAGCAGGGCCCAGCGGAGUGCAGCCCGCAGUGAAGAAGCUGCCUAUAGUGAUGCCUGAUUCAGACAGCGAAGACGAGGACGACGGAGAGAGGACGGCCGGCACUAAUGAGGGGGCAACUCCGGGAUACGCUGAGGAGCCAGGGAAACGCAGCAGUAAAGGGAAGACCCCCCUGCGGCGACGAGGGGCCCCCAUUCCGGAGCAGUGUUGUGAGAAGGGUUGCCAGGUGACCAGCGAGCAGAUCAAGGCCGAUAUGAAGGCUGCUGUCGAGACCCCUGAGCGGGGAGGCAGGGGGGCGAGCUCGAACGCGGGUCGCACUGGGGACGGGAGAUGCACGUGCUCCAUGCGCUGGAGGGACGCCUCUGCAGCUAGUCGAGUGCAGCCGGGGGCGGGAGGCAGUAACGAGGGAGCGGUGCGCUGCACUUGCAGCAGGACUCGGCCCACUGCAGAGGGCAGGACUCGAGCCGAGGCAAGUGAGCCUCCCAGCAGCACGGCCAGAGAGCAGGGGACAGGCCCUGGAACACUGCCCGGGGGGACAGGGCGUGGGCAGGGGGGUGGGGCCAAUGAGACCCCUCCCAGGACUCAAGGUGGCCCAGUGCCGCAGAGCAGCAGUAGGACUAGUGGGCACUGCUCUGAGGAAGGGGCAGGGGGCAGGGGACAGGACAGGAGGUUGAGAGAUGGGUACCCACACCGACCCGUCACCAGAGCCAGAAGCAGGCUGUCACUCGUGCCUCUGGUCUCCGAGACAGAGCUCUCCAAACCAAAGCCGCGGGCCGCUGUGAAACGGAAACGAACCUCGGACAAAUCCACAAGCACCAGCGACCCCGUCACCGAGGACGACCAUGUGCAGGUGCUGACUCUAAAAUCCAAAAACCUGGUGGGGAUCACGUUAACAAACUGUGGGAUAACGGACUUAGUGUUGAAAGACUGCCCCAAAAUGAUGUUCGUUCACGCUACCAGGUGCCGCGUGCUGAAGCACCUGAAGGUAGAGAACGCGCCGAUUGUGAACCGCUUCGAUUACGCACAGUGCAAAAAGCUGAACAUGGAUCAGGUGCUGGACCAGAUACUGCGCAUGCCUCCCGAAAGGAACCGCAUCAUCUACCUGCGCCCCAUGCAGCAGGUGGACACGCUAGCCCUGGAGAAGAAGAUCUUCUGCGGACCCUAUCCCUACCACAUCUGCAUCAUCCACGAGUUCAGCAACCCCCCCAACGUGAGGAACAAGGUGCGCAUCCGCAGCUGGAUGGACACCAUCGCCAACAUCAACCAAGAGCUGAUCAAGUAUGAGUUUUUUCCAGAAGCCUCCCGGACUGAGGAGGAUGUAAAGAGGCACCCACACUACCCCUGGGGGCGGGACAUCUACACUCUGGAGGGUCUAGUGGACAGCGCCCCGUACUCUAUGAUCACAGACUUCCCGUGGCUCCGAUCACUCCGCUCGGCCGAGCCCAACAGCUACGCGCGCUACGACUUCGAGGAUGACGAGAGCACCACCAUCUACGCCCCGCGGCGGAAGGGCCAGCUGUCUGCAGAUAUCUGCAUGGAGACGAUCGGGGAGGAGAUCUCAGAGCUGCGGCAGAGCAGGCGGGGCGUGUUCCAGAGAGUGGUGGCCAUCUUCAUCCACUACUGCGACGUGCGGGGCGAGCCGGUGGAGGAUGAUUACAUAUAGCCAGCUGCAGGAGCCUCCGAGAGAGGGGUGGAGAUUAACGGAGGACACCACCCCCCUUCCCAGUCAGUGGAGCAUCUCUACAAAGCUAAACAAAGGGAACACACACACACACACACACACACCAGUAUUUAAUGCAGCCCUUCACAGUCACACCUGCACAUGGUUCAACCGCCUUGCUGAGGUACUUUUCCAUCUACAGCAGUGGUGUGCCCAAAUCUGCCUUCCUUUUCACCCCCUGGUAAAAGUGGUUUGUGCCUGCGUGCUUUUUGAAUGAAGCGUGCCCUACGGAGGCAUUGGCCUUGUUGCGUUGUUUAGGAAACCGCGCGCGUGUGUGUGUGCGUGCUCAGUGGCUCUGCUGAAGAGGACGGGAUUGGGCUGCACAGUGAAUGCACCGCUGUUGUAGAUGGAAACUUGUGGAGCAGCGCGCUUUCCUAAGAGCAGGGGACUAGCCAUAGAGCAGGAGGCCAAUACAGUGCUGCCGUGGGAUGUCUGAAUGCGAGAGUGACAACAUGUUGUUGUUUUCUUGCUUCUUACCUCUGGUGCUCACAGAUCGAAUCAAGCUUGCGAGAAACACUCAGUUCCCGCGCUAGGAGCACUCGAGCCUCAGACCUGCCAGUGUCUCUGCUUGUUGUGAUGAUUUACUGUCCAGCUGCGUGUUUCAUUGGGGUUUAAAGUUGCAUGGGUUUUUUUUUUUUUUUUUUUGUUUUACUGUUUUUCAUGUCCCUUUUCUUUUCAGACAGGAAUGGGAUGUCAGACCUCUCCUUUAAGCCCCAGUCCUAGCCCUGUAAAGUCCUUCACUCGAAUGCUUGUCCCAGUGACCCCUAGAUUUCACUGUAGAAACCAGUAAGAGCACUGCCUAGCACUGGGUCCAGGGUCCAGGUUGACAUCCCCUUCCAGCCUGGAAACGAAGGGCAUGUCCGAGUGGAGAGAGAGUAACAAAUGAUGUGUGUGAAUCGCAGCACAAAAAACAUCACAAUAGUCAAGGCACUAAUGAAUGAUGAUAAUACAAAUGAAAAAGUCAUUAACCUGUCAUUUCUGUGCUGCUUGCUCAUAAGCAUCUAACUACGCCUGGGUAUGUCUCCUCCCCUCCAGCCCCCAGUCACAACCAGGCUGCUGGGACACAGCACCGUUCUCCCCCCACUGUCGACUUCAGCUCACUUAUAUACAGAUAUGCAUUAUGAAUAGCCGCUGGGAUUUUGUAUUAUUUUUUUGCUCUCUUACGUUUUAUAAGAGAAAAUUCAUAAACGAUUUGAGUUGUUAUUGAUGAAAGGGAGAAGAAAAUGAAUGCAUGAGGAAAUGCAUCUUGAUUGUACUCGUUAGCCUGGCUUGCGAGCAGAUAACUCUUGUUAGUAUUUUUCUAGUAGAGACGAGAGUUUACCUUCAGCCUCUGAGAUCACUCCUCAUUUCUGUGCCUUUUUCUCUUUCAAACUGGAAAGUUUUGGUUUUUUUUUUUCACCUAGCUCUUGGGAAAGAAGUCAUGCCCAGAAGGUGAUUUUUCCAGUUUAUAAUGGGGAAGUAACCUUCAUCAUGAUGGUGAGGACGUGCCCAGGGUGACCUGGGACAUUAUUGAGGUCCAGCUGCAUUUGCUGGUAAUUAACCACACGCUCCUGUUUGGAUCAUCUGAGCGCAUCGAGAGAGACCUGCUGAAAGGGUCAUUGGUCUCUAUAGAGACUUUUCAGAAGAAGCGACCACGGACACGCGGACUCACACGCUAAAAGAGAGCUUUCUGUACACUUGCAGCCCAGCAAACUGCUCAAGAUCUAUUCAGAGACCACUUGUCUGUCACCAGAAUGCACAACGGCCCCGCAAGGCCACAGUCGAGCAGAACUGACCCGUAUCAGGUACUGACUUGGGGGGAGUGUGUGCUCGGAACUCCUGGUGUCUCUGCCCCUCCCAGCUGUGAAACGGGGGAAGGGCAGUCCAGGGAAAAGGAAGAGGGGCUCCUGGAAAUAUCUUCCAGUUAACAAUGAAAUAAAUGAUAAUGCUACAUAUCUGCAGGCCCCGGUUCAGAGGACAGCUCAUUCUGGUGAUGGUUCCACGCAGGACACAGACGAGGCUUGCAGACUGUGAAGAAUUGCUCUAUUGCACAGUGAGGUUUCUUGUUUCGAUGGGGAGUUUCAUUGAGACUUUUGAGACCGUGUUUUACUGAGUUUCUGUAGAGAAGCAAAUAGGAAUUACUUUCUGUUUUCUGUUUAGUUUUUUUUCCUGUUUGUUUUGUUAGGUUUUUUUUUUUUUUUUACACAAAAUCGAGAAACAAAGUGUUUGUUUGGAGCGACUGUUUAAUACGAUGUGAUGCACGGAUAUUUCUAAAAAUAAAACAUAUUUAU